AUGGAGGCGCUGGCAGAGAGGCAGACAGAGGUGGUGAUCAAGCCUGAUUCGGAGGGACCCCCUGCGCUCCCUGCCUCGCAGCCGGGCGACUGUCCAGGGGAGAGCAGCCACAACAGCAGCCAUAACGGAGACGAAGGCGGCAGUGUCGCGGCGUCGUCAGCCGGCGGUGAUGGCGGGACCCCGAAACCCGCCGUGCCUCCUCCGGCAGCUGCUGCUGCGGCGGCUACAGCAGCCCCGGAGGGCGCGGCCGGGGCUCCGGCAGCGACUGCCGAGGGCAUCGCUUCUCAGGACCGGCAGACCCUGCUGGCCGUGCUGCAGUUCCUGCAGCGGAGCAACCUACGCGAGUCUGAGGAGAUCCUGCUGCGCGAGGCCAGACUGCUGGAGGAGGCGGCGGGAGCUGGCGCUCAGCGGGAGGUGGACGGACCCGGGGCCGAGGCCACUAGCGCACUGCUGAGCCAGGUCGCCGCCGCUCCCACCGCGGUCGCUCCUGCCCAAGUUGGAGUAGUUGCUGCAGAGGACCAGCCUGAUGUCAGUGCGGUGUUGUCUGCCUACAGUCAACAAGAGGAUCCAGCAAUGUAUGAAGAGCACUACAGUGGACUGAAACAUUUCAUUGAAUGUUCCUUGGACUGUUAUCGAACAGAGUUAUCUCAGUUAUUUUAUCCUCUAUUUGUACAUAUGUACUUGGAAUUGGUCUACAAUCAGCAUGAAAAUGAAGCAAAAUCAUUCUUUCAGAAGUUUCAUGGCGAUCAGGAAUAUUAUUAUCAGGAUGACCUUCGAGUGUUAUCGAGCCUUACCAAAAAGGAGCACAUGAAAGGGAACGAGACCAUUAUGGAUUUUCGAACAAGUAAAUUUGUUUUGCGCAUUUCCCGGGAUUCUUAUCAACUCUUGAAAAGACACCUCCAGAAGACACAGAAUAACCAAAUAUGGAACAUAGUCCAGGAGCACCUGUACAUUGACAUCUUCGAUGGGAUGCCUCGGAGUAAGCAACAGAUAGAUGCUAUGGUGGGAGGUUUGGCCGGAGAGGCAAAGCGAGAGGCAAAUAAGGCACAGGUCUUUUUUGGCUUAUUAAAAGAACCAGAAAUUGAAGUUCCUUUGGAUGAUGAAGAUGAAAAAGGGGAGAAUGAGGAAGGAAAACCCCCCCAAAAAAAACCUAAAAAAGAUAGUAUGGGAUCUAAAAGGAAAAGGCAAGAUCCUAAUGCUCCACCUCAAAACAGAAUUCCUCUUCCUGAAUUGAAAGAUUCAGAGAAGUUGGAUCAGAUAAUGAAUAUGAAAGAAACCAUGAAACGUGUGCGUCUUGGUCCAGAUUGUUUGCCUUCCAUCUGUUUCUUUACAUUCUUUAAUGCAUAUCAGGGUCUCACUGCAGUUGAUAUCACUGAUGAUUCCAGUCUGAUUGCAGGAGGUUUUGAUGACUCCACUGUUAGAGUAUGGUCUGUGAGUCCCAAAAAACUUCGUAGUAUGAAGACAGCAAAGGAUCUCAGCCUUAUAGAUAAAGAAUCAGAUAAUGUUUUAGAAAGAAUCAUGGAUGAAAAAACAGCAAGUGAAAUGAAGAUUUUAUAUGGUCACAGUGGACCUGUUUAUGGGGCAAGCUUCAGUCCUGAUAGGCUUUGGGCUACAAAUCAUCAUGAGCCUUUACGAAUAUUUGCUGGCCACUUUGCAGAUGUGAAUUGUACACGAUUCCAUCCAAACUCUAACUAUGUUGCUACAGGUUCAGCAGACAGAACAGUAAGGUUAUGGGAUGUCUUGAAUGGGAACUGUGUAAGAAUCUUCACUGGACACAAGGGACCAAUUCAUUCUUUGGCAUUUUCUCCCAAUGGGAGAUUCCUGGCUACUGGAGCAACAGACGGCAGGGUACUUCUUUGGGAUAUUGGACAUGGAUUGAUGGUUGGAGAAUUAAAAGGUCAUACAAGCACAGUAUGUUCACUCAAGUUUAGUAGAGAUGGAGAAAUUUUAGCAUCAGGGUCAAUGGAUAACACAGUUCGUUUAUGGGACGCUAUAAAAGCAUUUGAGUACCUAGAGACCGAUGAUUUUACUACAGCCACCGGACACAUAAACUUGCCUGAAAAUUCACAAGAUUUAUUACUAGGAACUUACAUGACCAAGUCAACACCAGUUGUACAUCUCCAUUUUACUCGAAGAAACUUGGUUUUAGCUGCAGGAGCUUAUAGUCCACAAUAAACUAUCAUCUAUAUUAAGACUUUUUGA